CUGUGAUCCGUUUUCCGUCCGUUCCCUGAACCAAUAACCGCAGAAAUAUUCAUCCAGAUAUGGAAUCCGCGACGGAAGGCAUUUCCAAGCUCGGCAUCAAUGGCGAUUUCGCGUCCUCCGUCCCUAAUUUGCACAAGAACCUCUCGCUUCUGUCACCUGACCAGAUUGAGUUGGCGAAAAUGCUUGUGGAGAUGGGACAGAGUCAUUUGUUCAGCCACUGGCCGGAGUCAGGGGUGGACGAUGGCGAGAAAAAAGCAUUCUUCGAUCAGGUGGCGCGGCUGAAUUCAAGCUAUCCAGGAGGUCUAGCAUCUUAUAUCAAAACAGCCAGGGGACUCUUGGCUGACUCCAAAACGGGGAAGAACCCUUUCGAUGGGUUUACACCUUCAGUUCCAACAGGAGAGAACCUGAGCUAUGGUGACGAAUCAUUUAUAAAAUUUGAGGAGGCAGGUGUGAAGGAAGCUCAGAAUGCAGCAUUUGUGCUUGUUGCUGGCGGGCUUGGGGAGCGCCUUGGUUACAAUGGUAUUAAGGUGGCUCUUCCACGAGAGACUACAACAGGAGCUUGUUUCUUACAGCACUACAUUGAAAAUGUUCUCGCCCUUCAGGAAGCUAGCUGUAAAGUCACUGGAGGUCAAUCUAAAAGGGACAUUCCGUUUGCGAUCAUGACAUCAGAUGACACACAUGCACGUACAAUGCAGCUUUUGGAAUCUAACUCAUACUUUGGGAUGAAAUCUGCUCAGAUAAAACUUCUUAAACAGGAGAAAGUUGCAUGCUUAGAAGAUAAUGAUGCUAGGCUUGCUUUGGAUCCUCAAAACAAGUUCAGAAUUCAGACGAAACCUCACGGUCAUGGUGAUGUUCAUGCGCUUCUUUACUCAAGUGGGGUACUUGAAGAAUGGCAGCGUGUUGGUGUGAGGUGGGUUCUAUUCUUUCAAGACACCAAUGGACUUCUCUUCAAGGCAAUUCCAGCUUCAUUGGGAGUCAGUGCCACGAAAGGGUAUCAUGUUAACUCGCUUUCUGUUCCUCGCAAAGCUAAAGAAGCUAUUGGAGGAAUCGCUAAGCUUACUCAUACAGACGGAAGGUCAAUGGUGAUCAAUGUAGAGUACAAUCAACUUGACCCAUUGCUGAGAGCAACUGGGAAUCCUGAUGGAGAUGUUAACUGUGAGACUGGCUAUUCUCCUUUUCCAGGAAACAUCAACCAGUUGAUUAUGGAACUCGGUCCGUACCUCGAGGAGCUGAAGAAAACUGGAGGAGCUAUAAAGGAGUUUGUUAAUCCAAAAUACAAAGAUGCCAGUAAAACUGCCUUUAAGUCAUCCACCCGUCUGGAGUGCAUGAUGCAGGAUUAUCCAAAAACCUUACCUCCAUCAGCAAGGGUUGGAUUUACAGUUAUGGAUGCAUGGGUUGCUUAUGCUCCAGUUAAGAAUAACCCUGAGGAUGCUGCCAAGGUACCCAAAGGCAAUCCAUAUCACAGUGCAACCUCUGGAGAAAUGGCAGUCUAUCGUGCAAACAGCCUCAUUCUCAGAAAGGCUGGCGUGCAAGUAGAAGAUCCAGUGAAGCAGGAAUUCAACGGGCAAGAGGUGGAAGUGUGGCCUCGUGUUGUAUGGAAGCCAAAGUGGGGUCUAACAUAUGCAGACGUCAAGAAGAAAGUUACUGGAAGUUCCUCCAUUUCCCAAAAGUCUACCUUAGCCCUUAAAGGUCGUAAUAUACUCAUUGAAAAUCUCUCGUUAGAUGGAGCUGUUGUGGUCGAGUCACAUGAUGAAGCUGAGGUGAAAGUAGGGGGUUCGGUCAAGAACAAGGGUUGGGCCAUCGAGAAAGUGGACUACAAGGAUACCUCAGCACCUGAGGAGUUGAGAAUCAGAGGGUUCAGAUUCCAGAAAGCCGAGCAGCUCGAAAAGCAGUACACCGAACCUGGGAAAUUCGAGUUGAAAGCUUGAGCAGUUAAAUCACAGAAUGCAAGAACAACAACGAAGAGGAGAUUUCUUCAGGUUGGACGUGUUCUGCUUCCCUCUUUUAGAUGCAUUUUGGCAUUCUAUCAUUGUGGCAAUGCACAAAUGAAAGUAGAAAUAUUGUUUUUUUUUUCCAUAUAAAAAAGAAAGUAAAUAGGCCUGUCAAAAGUGAUGGUUGACCACAUCGUACAGGAAAUUCUUGUGUGAUCAUCUUCAAUUAUUUCUUCAGGAAAGAAGGGGUAAAAAAAGUGUCAUCGCGUU